UUUGCUGUCUCCUGCCCUGGCUCUCUUCCUGUCCAUACAGGCCCAUUAUUCAUGCUUGCAUUUGCUGUUUGUUUAUUAAAAUUCCCCAGCUCUUCGUUUUAAAAAUGCCAUUGGGAUAUAUUUCCAAUAGAGUGGGUCUCUUUCAACUCUGGGUUUCCCUGGUUCUUCCCAAGUCUGUACAAACAAGAAAAGUUGGGUGAAGGGAGGAUGGAGGCUCCCAGCUGGUCUGUUCUGCAAAGUUCUGGAGAUGAGGAAAAGUACCCAGAUGCCGUGUACCUCUCGGAGGGGCCCUCCUCCUGCUCCAUGGGGAUCCGCAGCGCCAGCCAGCCAGGGUUUGAAUUAGUCAUUGUUUGGAGGAUACAAAUAGAUGAAGAUGGGAAGGUUUUUCCAAAGCUGGAUCUUCUCACCAAAGUCCCACAGCGAGCCCUGGAGCUGGACAAGAACAGAGCCAUAGAAACUGCUCCUCUCAGCUUCCGAACCCUGGUAGGACUGCUUGGAAUCGAAGCUGCUCUGGAAAGCCUGAUAAAAUCGCUUUGUGCAGAGGAGAACAACUAGUUCCAAAACAGUGAACGUGGAGGAUGAAGAUGCUGCGCGGAGGAACAUGCAAUUUUAUUCAAUAUAAACAUUUGCUAUUUUCUGCUUAGAAACCACACCCUGAAGACGUGCUGUCUAUGCAGUUAUGGCACAUUAUAUGGAAACUCUCAUGACAUGAAAAAUAAAUACAACUAGUUAAGUAUAAAAUGCCAAAUAAAAGUGACACGUACAAUGUGGUUUAUAAAAAUAAGCUUAACAUCUGAGAAAAUGUACCGAGUGGUUGUGUGUCCUCAGAUGUGUGGGGAGGAUCCAUCCCCCACCCACCGCAGCCUCACACCGAGUCCACCUUGGACAUGGUGGCCACAUUACUCAGCUGGGAGAAGCCACCCUUAUCCUGGUUCCUGCCUCCUGGGGGCUCUGGAGACGGAUGCCUAUGGUGCCUCAUCUUUAAACUGUCCUUAGUAGCCCAGGGGAGCCACACCCUCACUCCCUGCCUCCCCCCGGUCCGCAUGGUGGCACUGUGAGGCAUCUCAGCAAGUCCUCACGCUGUUCUUGGUCUUCCACAAGAAAGUGAAGCUGUCAGCUUAAUAACAAGAAUGGCCUAAGACAGCAAAGACAGCACUGUUCCUGGGCUGGGACGCGAGGAAUGAGGUCCUUUAUGAAAGAAAGACCCCCCUGCAUAGCCUAAGUGCUAUAUCGAUCGUCCCGGAUGUGCCUUAAGAACCGUGACCUCAUCAGUCACCCAUUUAGCAUUGUUAAGAUCUGUGAACGCGUGUUGUCUCAAACCAGUCAGGGCCGUCAUGACUACGCAGCAGCAGCAGUUUCCAAGACGGGCCAGAAACGCAUCCACAGCAGUGGCACCCGCGGCUCAGGGGCUCCUCACAGCCCGGGCUGGUGGGAGCCAAGACCAGACAGAGUGGGGGUCUCCAUCUGUUUUCUCUUCUCCCUCAAAUACAGGCUGUUUUCAUCGUGUCUAGUCCAGCCCUGUCUGGGCCCUGUGCUAGGCAAUAACUCUUGCAGCCCUGAAGGACCUAGGGAGCCCAGCCCACCUUCCCACGGACUGGGGUUCCCUCACAUGUGCACUUGAACCCAGGACCCAGCAUCCUCCACACACCGUGACAAUGGGCAAAAUCAUCCCAAACGAGGCUGCCCCAGCCCCAGCCCAGCAACAGUGAACUCCCUUGGGUCAAGACAGUACUCAACGGCCACUAACUCCACGCUUCCCAGAGCCUGCGGCUCGUCCGUGAGCUCUGUGCACUUCACCAAAGCCCCCAUCCCAGCACACAGGACCCGUGUGUAUGAGACGGUGUCAUUGGAAGUGAGAAGAAAACAGUAAAAGUGUCCAGUUAGAUAAGUAUCUUUUUGCACCUCUGAGAGUAGAAUUAGAAGUAAAUAUGACAGAAUUGAACAAUAAAUUCUAGAAGAGUUGCCUUGAUUCAAACAAGUAUAAUUCUCAAGUUAUCACAAAAUUUCCCACAAAAAUUUACAAUCAGCAAAAUAGUUUCCUUAUUUCUCAUGUAUCAUUUUCAUAUAAUUCCAUGGUUUCACUAAUAUUAUAUGUUACAAUAAGCCUCCAUUAGUCCCUCAAAACGAUGAUAUAAAUAAGUCUGUACAACCUAGCAUAGAAUAAAAAACUGAAACCAAGAUUCCCAACGUUUUUCAUAGCAGCCGGGCACACUUUGGUGACCCCAACGAGAACCCUCUCGGCAGCAGCCAGGAGCUGUUCACCUUCCAGAAGCAGGGCCUGUGGCAGCCUAACAGGGAGAGGCCACGGGGCCCAAAAACGCAACACGUCUCAAGGCAAACCCGAGGGAGGAACUUGGUCUGGGAGGAAGAGAGAACUCGCUCCUCAACCACCCCAGACACUGGAGUGUCAGGAAAGCACUGAGCUGUUGGGGCACACUGCCCAGCCCGGCCACAGCAGCUCAGCCAGUCACAGCUCCACCUCCAACUUCUACAGCAGCAAUUUUUAGUGGGAAAGAACAGCUCAUCUCCCCCUCAUGUGAAAGAUUAAAUUGUAAAGCAAAAAAAAAAAA